AAUAGCCACAGUUGGGGUCCCUCGCGGCUGCCUCAUUUCUGGCGACUGGAGCCGUGGAGAUUCCGCGGUCAGAGGUUUGAAAGUUUGCAGAAUCCUGAGACUUUCCCACUGAAAAAGACUUUCCUCUUCACUGACAAUUUCCCACCAUGAUUCAUAGUCUUUUCUUGAUCAACUCCUCUGGAGAUAUUUUCCUGGAGAAACAUUGGAAAAGUGUGGUCAGUCGUUCUGUUUGCGAUUACUUUUUUGAGGCACAGGAAAGAGCAACUGAGGCAGAAAAUGUGCCUCCAGUUAUCCCUACCCCUCACCAUUAUCUCUUAAGUGUUUACCGCCACAAGAUCUUUUUUGUGGCCGUGAUUCAGACUGAGGUCCCACCUCUGUUUGUCAUUGAGUUCCUUCACCGAGUAGUGGACACAUUUCAGGAUUAUUUUGGAGUCUGUUCAGAGCCGGUGAUCAAAGACAAUGUGGUUGUGGUUUAUGAGGUUUUGGAAGAGAUGCUUGAUAAUGGGUUUCCCUUGGCUACUGAGUCGAACAUUCUCAAAGAACUGAUAAAACCUCCCACUAUCCUUCGGACAGUUGUCAACACCAUAACAGGAAGUACCAAUGUGGGUGACCAACUUCCAACUGGGCAGCUGUCAGUGGUGCCUUGGCGACGGACUGGGGUAAAAUAUACCAACAAUGAAGCCUAUUUUGAUGUGAUUGAAGAGAUUGAUGCCAUUAUUGACAAAUCGGGUUCCACAGUUACUGCUGAGAUCCAGGGCGUGGUUGAUGCCUGUGUAAAACUCACUGGAAUGCCAGACCUUACACUUUCCUUUAUGAACCCCCGGCUGUUGGAUGACGUCAGCUUCCAUCCUUGUGUUCGUUUCAAGCGCUGGGAGUCAGAGCGUAUUCUAUCCUUCAUCCCACCUGAUGGAAACUUCCGUCUGCUCUCUUAUCAUGUCAGUGCACAGAAUCUCGUUGCAAUUCCAGUGUAUGUCAAACAUAAUAUCAGUUUCCGGGACAGUAGUUCACUUGGACGCUUUGAAAUAACAGUGGGACCUAAGCAGACUAUGGGGAAGACUAUAGAAGGAGUGAUUGUCAUCAGUCAGAUGCCCAAAGGAGUGCUGAAUAUGAGCCUCACUCCAUCCCAAGGGACACACACAUUUGACCCAGUGACAAAGAUGUUGUCUUGGGAUGUAGGAAAAAUAAAUCCUCAAAAGCUACCAAGUUUGAAGGGGACCAUGAGUCUUCAGGCUGGAGCUUCCAAACCAGAUGAAAACCCCACAAUCAACCUGCAGUUUAAAAUCCAGCAGCUGGCCAUUUCUGGACUCAAAGUGAAUCGUCUGGAUAUGUAUGGAGAAAAGUACAAACCCUUUAAAGGCAUAAAAUACAUGACAAAAGCUGGAAAGUUUCAAGUUCGAACCUGAAGGGAAAGUUUUGUAGCUGGAACACUCAUGAACACUUUUUCAUUUCUUACUUGUCUAAAAGUAAAAAAUAUCAGCCUGUCUCUUAGUUUUAUCUUGCUGCUUCCAGGACUUAUUUGUGCUGCAGAGUAAUGUUGCUUUGUGGUUUUUCUCUGGGAUAAACUGCUACAUACAACCAGAUGUGCUUCAUACUCCAUCACUCCACACUGCAGCCUGUACACACCCACCAUGGUAGAGGAAACUUUUCUGCCUGUGAAUCCCAGGAAUGUUCAGAAUCACCUCUUCUGAGGGCUCUGAAAGGUUCCUAAGUCACAGGAAUCAACUAAUCUUGGUCCCUGAAGAUUUUGCAGCUGUUUUAUGUCUUCUAGGGCAGCUUAUCUUAUUGCAAGGGACAUAACUAAGAAGAAUUAAAGUCUAGACUAUGGGACUUGUGGGCCUAAGCAUGUGAAAUAACCAUCACACAUGGGUGUAGCAGACCACUGGAGUACAAUCAAGCAUCACUGCCAGCUUCCCACAAUGUGUCAGGUGGCAUGAAUAGU